UCUUCUCUCCGGUCCAAAUCAUCACUCUAAUGGCACCAGAAGUGGUUCAAACCGGAACUAAACCGACCGUGUUGGCUAAACCGGUCACCCUGCCCAAUCGAGCUUAUGUUACCUUCUUGGCUGGCAAUGGAGAUUACGUGAAAGGCGUUGUAGGGUUGGUUAAAGGGUUAAGGAAGGUGAAAUCCGCAUACCCUCUAGUGGUUGCCGUUUUGCCCGACGUCCCCGACGAGCACCGGCGGAUCCUCCAGAACCAGGGCUGCAUCGUUCGAGAGAUCGAACCCAUUUACCCGCCCGAGAACCAGACCCGGUUUGCCAUGGCUUACUACGUCAUCAACUACUCCAAGCUCCGUAUUUGGAAGUUCGUGGAAUACAGUAAGCUGAUAUACCUGGACGGAGAUAUUCAGGUGUACGACAACAUAGACCAUCUCUUUGAUUUGCCCGAUGGGAAUUUCUACGCCGUAAUGGACUGUUUCUGCGAGCAAACAUGGAGCCACACCCCGCAAGCCAAGAUCGGUUACUGCCAACAGUGCCCCGAUAAGGUGAAGUGGCCGGCGGAGAUGGGACAGCCACCGUCUCUUUACUUCAACGCUGGCAUGUGCGUUUUCGAGCCCGGCCUCGAGACCUACGAGAAUCUCUUGGCCACCCUUAAAGUCGUCCCUCCGACCCCAUUCGCCGAGCAGGACUUUCUGAACAUGUUCUUUAAAGACAUUUACAAGCCCAUUCCUUUGGUAUACAACCUGGUUCUAGCCAUGUUAUGGCGUCAUCCCGAGAACGUGGAGCUCGACAAAGUGAAGGUCGUUCACUACUGUGCCGCCGGAUCGAAGCCGUGGAGGUACACCGGGAAAGAAGAGAACAUGCAGAGGGAAGACGUGAAGAUGCUGGUUCAGAAAUGGUGGGAUAAUUAUAUCGACGAGUCUCUUGAUUACUGGAAUCCGACAGUUGGUGACGGAGAGGCGGUGGAGCCGGUGAAGAUGCAGCCGUUGCUGGUGGCUCUGUCGGAAGCUGGUGCUGUCCCAUACGUGACGGCCCCGUCUGCGGCUUGAAAGUGAACAUGGAGGGCUCUGUUUUAGGGGAAGGAGGACCAUUAGUAGACGUAGAAAUACUAAAAUGGAUGGAUCUUCUUUGUUCUCAUAUGUAAUGAGGUAAGGGGAGAUAAGAUAGUAGGUUGUCCCCAACAUUAAAUUGAGAGCAACUUCCAUAAAAGACCUCUAAAUUAUGAAAUGACCUCUAUGAGACUCGAUCCCACGACCUCAAGACUAAAAACCUUGUGUUCUACUAACUGAGUUGGAUGAUCAUUUCCGUAAAAAACUAAAAGAAGUAUUAAAAGGGGCAGUUUCCUUUCUCCCUAUUUCCUUUAAGGGAUUGAGGAAUAAAAGCUCCUAGGUGGUGAAGUCUAUAGUACUAAAUUGUGUUUGUUAAUUCUCAAACGAGUUCUGUUAUUAAAGGUUUGCAGAAACGGACCAUGUUGUUAUGUUUUGCAGCUAUUAUU